AUGAGCGUGCAGCUUGAUGAUGACUUGGAGAAGGGAACACACCCGUCAGAUCAGAAGAGGGGAACAGAAUUCGUCGCCUCGGAAUCUCCAGAUACCAUUCCCAAAGCCUCGGAGAAAACUAUCCAAGCCUCAGACUCACAAGGACCUCCACCUCCAGGUCCCCCACCAGAUGGAGGUUUUCAGGCAUGGAUGACCGUACUGGGAGCUUUCUGUGGUUUAUUCGUCAGCUUUGGGUGGAUUAACUGUAUCGGUGUUUUCCAAGCAUACUAUGAAAGAAACCAAUUAAGUCAUCUCACUCCUAGCACGGUGGCCUGGAUCCCGUCUCUCGAAACUUUUGUCAUGUUCUUUGCUGGUCCACUAUUUGGUACCCUCUUUGACAAUUAUGGACCACGAUGGAUCUUGCUGGCGGGGACUUUCCUCCAUGUCUUCGGUCUCAUGAUGGCCUCCCUGUCAACAGAGUACUAUCAAUUCAUUCUCGCCCAGGGCAUCUGCAGCCCUCUCGGUGCUAGCGCUGUCUUUAAUGCAUCAAUCAACUCUGUCAGUGGCUGUUUGGGAGGCGUGAUCUUCCCAAUCAUGGUAUCAAAACUGAUUCCGCAAGUCGGUUUCGGCUGGGCAAUGCGUAUCUGCGCAUUUCUAGUCCUCUUUAUGUUGGUUAUUGCCAAUGUCACCCUAAAAUCAAGAUUGAAACCGCAGAAGAAAGGAUUCGACGUGAUGAACUUCAUUCGCCCACUGCACGAUAUUAAAUUCGUAUUGACUGUUGCCGCGGCUUUUUGCUUCUUCUGGGGCAUGUUCUUGCCCUUUACGUUUGUUAUUACCUCCGGAGAACGGUAUGGCAUGUCACAGAACAUGUCUCAAUAUCUCAUUCCGAUUCUGAACGCAGCUAGUAUUUUCGGCCGUACUCUUCCAGGAUAUCUGGCAGACCGUGUAGGUCGGUACAACGUAAUGAUCGUCUUCAGCUAUCUCUCCGGAAUCCUCGUGCUGGCCCUAUGGCUUCCGGCUCGCGCCAAUGCCCCCAUAAUAGUAUUCAGCGCACUGUAUGGCUUCGGCUCUGGAGCGUUCGUCUCUCUUGCACCCGCACUAAUUGCUCAAAUCUCCGACCUCCGCGAAGUUGGCAUUCGCAACGGAACUUGCUUCUCGAUUAUUUCGAUAGCCGCACUGACUGGCUCCCCGAUUGGUGGAGCAUUGGUCCCGGAUAUGCUGCAUGGUUCAUAUGAAAAGCUGCAGAUUUUCAGCGGCGUGGUUAUGAUAGCCGGUGCAACGCUGUUCAUUGCUGCGCGGAUCGUUGUUGGAGGUGUUAAUUUGAAGAAAGUUUGA